CAGUAUGUUGCUGAAGUCAAGCAAGCAAGCGGUUGUGCUCGCUGUGCUCAAUAUAUUUUUAGACUUGCUUUCAGGUUGAUGUAAAAGGCUGACAACUUGUUGAGACAUCAAGGCGUGAACUUGAAAGCGUCUUUGGUAUUAAAAGGGUGAGAGGGACCUUAUGGCAGAAAACCACACAAUCUAGGCCCGUUUACAUGAUCUACCAUGGCCAAAGUGCUCUGCAGCCUCCUGCUUCUGGGAAGUGCAGUGAUGACGGCCAUCGCCUGCCCUAAAUACUGCGUCUGUCAGAACCUGUCCGAGUCUCUAGGCACAUUGUGCCCUUCUAAAGGCCUCCUCUUCGUUCCCGUGGACAUUGACCGACGGACUGUGGAGCUGCGGCUAGGGGGAAACUAUAUCAUCAGGAUCACACAACAGGAUUUUGUCAACAUGACAAGCCUGGUGGACCUGACACUGUCAAGGAACACCAUCAGCUCCAUCCAGCCAUUCUCUUUUGUGGAUCUAGAGACUCUCCGUUCGCUCCAUCUGGACAGCAACCGCUUGACCGAGCUCGGCCCAGAUGCCCUGCGGGGCUUGGUCAACCUACAGCAUCUCAUCCUGAACAACAACCAAUUGAACCGCAUCUCUGAAGAAGGCUUCGAUGACCUUCUGCUAACGCUGGAGGACCUGGACCUUUCCUACAACAACCUGCGGACCGUGCCCUGGGAGGCCAUCCGCAAGAUGCUCAGCUUGCACCAGCUCAGCCUCGACCACAACCUCAUCAGUUACAUUGCUGAGGGUACUUUCACGGACCUUGACAAGUUGGCUAGGCUUGAUCUCACCUCGAACCGGCUCCAGAAGCUUCCACCAGAUCCCAUAUUUGCUCGUUCUCAGACCAAUGCAGUUCUAAGUACGCCAUUUGCUCCUGUGCUUUCUCUCAGCUUCGGUGGAAACCCCCUUCACUGCAACUGCGAGGUGCUGUGGCUGCGGCGGCUUGAGCGUGAGGAUGACAUGGAGACUUGCGCUUCACCUCCCAGUCUGAAAGGACGGUACUUCUGGUAUGUACGUGAGGAGGAGUUUGUCUGUGAGCCGCCUUUGAUUACUCAGCACACCCACAAGCUUCUUGUGCUUGAGGGCCAGACAGCUAGCCUACGUUGCAAGGCAGUGGGUGACCCCAUGCCCUACAUACACUGGGUGGCCCCUGAUGACCGUCUCAUCAGUAACUCAUCAAGAGCCACCGUCUAUGAGAAUGGCACCCUUGACAUCAUGGUCACCACAGCCAAGGAUUACGGCACUUUCACUUGCAUUGCUGCCAAUGCUGCAGGAGAAUCCACAGCCUCCAUUGAGCUUUCCAUCAUACAGCUGCCUCAUCUGAGCAACGGGACAAACCGUACCUCGCAGCCCAAAUCCAGGCUGUCCGACAUCACCAGCUCCACCAAGACCAGCAAAGGGGAGACCAAAGCCCAGCCGGAACAGGUGGUGAGUGUGUCAGAGGUCACUUCAGUCUCUGCCCUGGUCAAGUGGACAGUGAGCAAAGCAACCCCCAAGGUGAAAAUGUACCAGCUCCAGUACAACUGCUCCGAUGAUGAGGUCUUGAUUUACAGGAUGAUCCCUGUGACCAGUAAAGCCUUCGUGGUCAAUAAUUUGAUGCCGGGGAUGCAGUAUGACCUGUGCGUGCUGGCCAUCUGGGACGACACGGCUACCACGCUGACGGCCACCAACAUAGUGGGCUGUGUGCAGUUCGUUACCCGCGAUGAUUAUCCUCGUUGUCAGUCGCUUCACAGUCAGUUCCUUGGGGGCACUAUGAUAUUGGUCAUUGGCGGCGUGAUUGUGGCCACUCUUCUGGUCUUCAUCGUCAUCCUCAUGGUGCGUUACAAAGUCAGCAGUGGUUCACAGGUAGCCAAAUUGGUGACGGUGAGCAACACUUACUCGCAGACCAAUGGCGGAAUGCAGGCAGCACCCCCGGCCCCUAAAGCUGUUGUCGUGAUGCGGGACGAGGUGGUGGAGUUUAAAUGCGGCUCCUUGCAAAGCAGCAUCUCCUCCUCUUCCUCAGCAGACUCCAUUGGUUGUGAGAAGGUGCAGCGUUAUGAUCUGCGUGGUGAGUCCAGCACUCUGCCCAACAGAUGGAGGCAAGCUCCUGCCAAAACGCGACCCAACCUGGACCACCUGCUGGGAGCCUUCGCGUCUCUGGAUUUGAAGGCUCCAGCCAGGGAUCCAGGUGGUCCUUCCUGCUCAGGAGCCAUGGCAGCAGCCAUGGGACCCCCUUCUGACAAAGAGCCGCUGCUGGGCCGUGGGGACUCCAAGCUUGGAAGGUUGCUCAUGCUGCCAUUGGAGAGUAAGCCCAAGCGCAGUCAUUCCUUCGACAUGGGUGACUUUGGUGCUUCACAGUGCCUUAGCUACCCUCGACGCAUCAGCAACAUCUGGACUAAACGGAGCCUCUCCGUGAACGGCAUGCUGCUGCAGUGUGACGAGAGUGAGGGGGAAGGGGAUAAAGGAACGUUCAGCAGCAGCUCGGAGUGGGUCAUGGAGAGUACAGUCUGAUAAACCAUAAGCCUCAUCUUGUCUUGUCUAUCAGAAAAGGCCAGAAAGUGGACACCAGCCAUAUCUGGUUAAGAGCAAAUGGACUAUUGACUUUCCACAGCAAGAAGGACCCUUAAGACCACCCUGAAAGGAUAACUGAAAGGAUCAAGGUGUGUAAGACUGUGUACUGCAUGAAUCCCCCAUGUUAAUGAUAUUGUCCUUCUGUCCAUUUGAUCACACUACAGACUUCAGGUUGACAUUCUGUGCGUGAGUGUGGCAAACAGCCAAGGCAAGGGCUGGCCCUCAUCACUGAAGCCUGAAUGGGACACUGCUCACUGACUGCCUUUAACAAUACGAGGGCAGGUGUCGAUGGAUGCCCGAUCUUGAAUGAUGUGGGAGAAUCUCAGAGAAGCGAGAGGAAAUAAAAGAGAGAGGCUUUCUCAGGCUGUGCACUGCACGUUGCCAAGAGGAUUUAUCCCUGCUAAGUGGAUGUGCAUCACAAUAGGACUGGAUGCACGCAUCAGAUGGGAACACAUUUUUACCAAGAGGAGGAAUAAAAAAAAAUGCAAAUGAAUAAAGUACAGUAUUUUUUAUUUUCUUUUUGUAUCAUUUCUAUCUUUCAUUAUCUGCAGUGUCAACCCACCAAACAUUUCCCUUUUUUCAUGGAAGGAAAGCAAAUGGGUGUGCAAAACAACAUCCCACCAUAACAGCCUGUCCAGUCCAACAGUAAAACGGGCUCAUUUACGUUAGUAGGAUUGGAGAGUAAAAAUCUUUAGAAUAGAGAUGUCCUUUUAAAAUAAGAUACAGUGCUGUGCAAAAGUCAGAGACCACCCUUCGUUUAAAUUAUUUCCAGUCAAAACAGCAUAUUCAUUUUUCAGUAUCAGAAAAAAAAAAUUGAAAAUAUAGGUUUAAUGUAAAAUUAGACAAAAGCUUCAAAAACUAAACAUGACAUCAGAUUUUUCAGUAUUUAGCGUUUCCACAAUUGACCUUUAUUAUAGCUUCUAU